GGCCAGUUGCGUGACUGACUCGUGACGUCUCCUAGUCCUAUAGGUGCAGCACUGAGCAGAACCUCACUCGGGCACAGGGCCCAGAGGACACCAUGGCUGACACCGAGGAGGGCUUUGGCCUGGCACACACUCCUCUAGGGCCCGACUCAAAGGAUCUGUCCUGCGAUUCCAAACCGGAGAGCGCGCUGGGAGCCCCCAGCAAGUCCCCUUCCUCCCCCCAGGCCGCCUUCACCCAGCAGGGCAUGGAAGGAAUAAAGGUGUUCCUCCACGAGAGGGAACUCUGGCUGAAGUUCCACGAAGUGGGUACGGAGAUGAUCAUCACCAAAGCCGGAAGGCGGAUGUUCCCCAGUUAUAAAGUGAAGGUGACCGGCCUGAACCCCAAAACCAAAUAUAUCCUGCUCAUGGACAUCGUCCCUGCCGACGACCACAGAUACAAGUUUGCAGACAAUAAAUGGUCUGUGACUGGCAAGGCCGAGCCUGCUAUGCCCGGUCGUCUCUAUGUGCAUCCUGACUCGCCAGCCACGGGGGCCCAUUGGAUGAGGCAACUGGUCUCCUUCCAGAAACUCAAGCUCACUAACAACCACUUGGAUCCAUUUGGGCAUAUUAUCCUAAAUUCCAUGCACAAAUACCAGCCCCGAUUACAUAUCGUGAAAGCAGACGAAAACAAUGGAUUUGGUUCAAAAAACACAGCCUUCUGCACUCAUGUCUUUCCUGAGACAGCGUUUAUUGCCGUGACAUCUUACCAGAACCACAAGAUCACUCAGUUAAAGAUCGAGAACAAUCCUUUCGCCAAGGGCUUCCGGGGCAGCGAUGACAUGGAGCUCCACCGGAUGUCCAGAAUGCAAAGUAAGGAAUACCCUGUGGUUCCCCGGAGCACGGUGAGGCAGAAAGUGGCCUCCAACCACAGCCCCUUCAGCAGUGAGCCCCGGGCUCUGUCCACCCCGUCCAGCUUAGGGUCCCAGUACCAGUGUGAAAAUGGCGUCUCAGGCUCUUCCCAGGACCUUCUGCCCCCGCCCAACCCCUACCCGCUGGUGCCGGAGCAUGGCCAGCUCUACCACUGCACCAAGAGGAAAGAUGAAGAAUGUUCCAGCACAGACCACCCCUAUAAGAAGCCCUACAUGGAGACGUCCCCCAGCGAGGAGGACCCCUUCUUCCGCUCGGGGUACUCCCAGCCGCCAGGCCUGAGUGCCUCCUACAGGACAGAGUCGGCCCAGCGGCAGGCCUGCAUGUACGCCAGCUCGGCGCCCCCCAGCGAGCCCGUGCCCAGCCUGGAGGACAUCAGCUGCAACACCUGGCCCAGCAUGUCCUCCUACAGCAGCUGCACGGUCACCACGGUGCAGCCCAUGGACCGGCUACCCUACCAGCCCUUCUCUGCUCACUUCACCUCGGGGCCCCUAGUCCCUCGGCUGGCUGGCAUGGCCAACCACGGCUCCCCACAGCUGGGGGAAGGAAUGUUCCAGCACCAGACCUCCAUGGCCCACCAGCCUGUGGUCAGGCAGUGCGGACCUCAGAGCGGCCUCCAGUCCCCCGGCAGCCUGCAGCCCCCAGAGUUCCUGUACCCCCACGGGGGGCCCAGGGCACUCUCGCCCCACCAGUACCACGCGGCGCACGGAGUCGGCAUGGUGCCAGAGUGGAACGAAAAUAGCUAAGAGUCAGCCUGUCUCCCACAGACACUUGUGAGAGAAAAAGAGAGAGAGAGAGAAGCCAAGAACACCUGGAAGGAGACUGUCCAUCUGGCCCCAGAGCCCCAGGAGCCACAGGGCUGUUUCAGACACAUCGAAUCAGCCACUCCGGAGCAGAAUUCAAAAACAGUUGCGACAGUCACCUCCUCUCAAAACUGCAAAACAAACCAAAAGAGAUUAGUGACACCCCCACACCAGCCCCCACUAGCCUCAGCCAGCCACAAGCCUACCCUGCCUCUACCCCACACACCAUCCCUUUCUUCCCCAGUUCUUUAUUUUUCAUUUUUUGGGGUUUCAGAACGUCUGGCCUCAUUGAACGUUUUAUUCUUGAUUUGUAGUGGGGAAUCUAUCCUUGUCUUGAUGUUAAUGUUGACUUUGUUAUAUAAUAAAUAAUAAUAUAUAUUUUUUUCUUUUAGUUUUUUUUUAAUGGGACCCAGUCCAUUAUCAGAAGGAGAACUGAAGCAAGUAUGUUUCAGAACAUGUACUUGUGGGGUUCUCUCUUCCUGGAAACCAGCUCUCCCCACACCCCGACUUGCACCCACCAUCAGCCUCUGAGAGCAGUACCUACCUCUGCCAUGUGAUGUUUUGACAAAGGGUCGCUGGGUAUUUUCUUUCCUUUAUUUUUUCUUUUCUUCUGAUGACCCCAGCGUGGGGCGCUCAGUUUGCCUUGUAGUUAGGGAUGCAGGCAGGAUGCCCUUAGGAUAGUCAGGCUCUAUCUGAAAUCCUGUCUCACCCAGCUCCCCUGUCCUGUCCAGCCAUCUGUCCUGAAAGUGUCGGCCUAUAGCUUCCUGUGCGGAAAUCUCACUUGGAAAAACUUUAAAAAAAAAAAAAAAACAUCCUGGUUUACACACACGCAGGCAAGACUGUGUUGAAGCAGCAUGCUGGCCCUGUGCUGAUAAAUAGUUUUUUCAAGAAAGCCCAAAUAAAUAUUCCUUGAGAUAAAAGAAAAGAAAAAAGAAAAGCCAACCCUGAGCUUCUCAACGUCAUCACCAAUGACCAUGAAGAAACAGGAUGCUGAGAAAAACCGAUGGUUUCGGAAGACGAGGCAGCCUUGCUUUCCUCUGUGUUGUCGAAGCCAAGAUGGCCCCGGCCCCAGAUGCUCAGUACUCUGUGUUACAUGGACAGAGAGCAGAAAGUAAAACAUUUCCUGUUCCUUUUGCUUUUUUGUUUUGUUUUGUUUAAAUGUGUACCUAAAUUGUAGGGUUCCUCAGAUGUAAUAUUUUCCUGGUACUAUUUAUUUAUAAAUAGGAAUUCUAAUUAAAUAAUAAACAGGAACACUCAGCGUGGGAGCUGACCAAGAGCUUUUAAUUUUAUUGAUACUCAAGAAUCAACGUUGUGUUGUUUUUUUUUUCUCUUUUCUUCUGAAUGUGCUUUGCUUUCUUGAUUUAAGAAGUUGUUAUUGUUGUUUGUUUAUUUUUUUUAAACUGACCCUAAUAAAGAGAACAGGGUAAUUUGUGAGACAGAGUGUGUUCAAGUACGUGAGCGUGUAUGUUUGAACGUGUGUCUUUAUUCGAUUUUGUCUUUUUAUGUUGCUAAGGGGGUGGGAGGAGGGUGAGAAUUAAGUACUCGUUCCUUAUA